GCAUGGGGAUAUGCUAACGUGCGCUGAUUAGAAUAAUACGCAAUACGCGGUCGCACUACUCUUCGUCUAGUUUCACACUUACUCAGAGGAGAAGAGUCACUCCCCAAAAACCAAAAAGACUCUCUCUUUCUCAUCUCAGAAAGAAAAGAAAGGAAAGGAAAAGAAAAGAAAAGAAAGGAAAAGAAUGAUGGAAGAAGAAGAAGAUGUGAAUGUGAAUCAUGUGAAUAUGAGUGUUAAUGGAGGAACAGCAAUUCCCUAUGUGAAAGUCAUGACGGAUGACCAACUCCAAACCCUUCGCAAGCAGAUUGCCGCCUACGCCACCAUUUGUGAGCAACUCGUUCAGAUGCACAAGAACCUCACUGCUCACCAUGACCUUCCAGGAGUUCGGUUGGGAAAUCUUUACUGUGAUCCAUUAAUGACAUCUGCUGGCCACAAAAUCACUGCCAGACAGCGAUGGACCCCAACACCUGUGCAGCUACAAAUUCUGGAGCGUAUAUUUGACCAAGGCAAUGGAACUCCUAGCAAGCAAAAGAUUAAAGAGAUAACCUCUGAUCUCAGCCAACAUGGCCAAAUUUCCGAAACCAACGUCUACAAUUGGUUCCAGAAUAGGCGAGCUCGCUCCAAAAGGAAGCAGCAGAAUGUAGCUCCCAAUAAUGCUGAAUCAGAAGUCGAAACAGAUGUUGAGUCACCCAAGGACAAGAAAACAAAACCUGAGGAAUUUCAUGCCCAACACAACCACCAAUCUCCAAGGGCUGAUGAUAUUUGUUUUCGCUCCGAGCUGAGUUCUGACCUGCAUUUCUUUGAUCCGCCGACCAAUAAAGGAGAAACCAUUUUCCCAUCAAAUACUGGUUUACGGCCUGCUAGAAAUUUGAGCCAAAUGCCAUUUUAUGAUGGUCUGCUGUCUAAUUCAAGAAAUGAGCACUUAAGUGGAAAGAUGGAAGUGCCCGGAAGUUAUAGUCUUUAUGAGCAUGGAGACGACUACAACAUGGCAGGGUGAUGAGGGUGGUUAGUCCAGUUCAAGUGUGUGUGAUGAGUUAGAUUGUGAAUAGAGGAAAGAACAGUGCCAGUCCCAGAUGCAGGCUGUUGGGUGUUAUUAUCAAUCAAUGCCAUGGGUAUAUAUAUACCUAGUAUAAAGAGUAAAGGCUAACGUAGAAGAGUUCAUGUUUAAUGUUUUUGUUUUUUUGGGUGGUCCAUCAGGGAGAAGAGUGAGUCAUGGUUUCAUGCAUGAAAUGAAAGCACAUACUAAAAAUUAAGCUGGGAGACUAGAAGUGCCAAUUUCACUUUGAAAAUUUGCCAGACUUUUUUGUGUAAUUGUUUUGAAGUUUGACUUAUAUAUAUUUUGUGUUAAUAGAGUGGACAUAUUAUGUGUGUUCUGACUGUACUAGCAGCCUUGGCUUGGCAUACCGGUUGAUUCAUUUGAGGGUUUUUGUGUUUA